CGGGUUGGGCGCCUGAGGGGCGGUCUUCGAUUGCAACUUCGCUUUUCGGCCAGUCAGUCGACUUAGAACUUGCAGUGCUCAACCCUUCCGUGGGUUUGGGUUUCUGCUUCUUCACGUCCCUUGCUCCGGCCGAACGGGAGCCGAACAUGGCCGCUUCGGGGCUGGACUAUCUCAAAAAUGACUACAGGAGGAGGUUUUGCCGGCCUUCCAGGGUACCUGAAAUUCAUGCAAAGCAAGGCCAGGACAUGUUGGAAAUCUUACAAGACUGUUUUGAAGAAAAGAGUCUCGUCAAUGAUUUUAUUAUAAAUUCUAAAGAAUCCAUGCAUUGUUCAGCAACCAAAGUGAAAGGCAGUUAUAUUUGUUCACCAGGCAAAGAGAGCGAGACACCACAUCCAAAGUCAAUUCCAGUUUCCUCAAGGAAGAAAGAAGCCUCUCUUCAAGGUAUUGUAGAACCAACCGAAGCUGUCAGUAGACCAGUUCAUGUGCAUGAAGUUCAGAAAACGUUGGCAGCUGAUGUUGGUUCUAAAAAUACACCUGACUCAAAAAAGAAGUCAAGUAAGAAACUAAGUGGUCAUUACAGUAAAGCUAAUGAAGAAUUUUAUAUAUCUGUUGGUUCACCUGUUGUUCUUUUGGAUGGAAAAACAUCUACAGUGCAAAGUGCUAUUCCAUCUGCUAACCAAAAGAAAGAGACUUACAAUUUUAGAAAUUCAGCAAAUAGGCCGUCUUCAAGUACAGAAAUUUCUCUUAAAACCAAAAAAAGGUUAACCUUUGAAGGUAAAGAUAUGAAAAAUGUAGAAGUAGAGAAUAAAGUACCAGAAGCAACAGAUAAAAUUUCAGAAGGACAACAAGAAAGGAACUCAGCAGAAACACCUCAGACAGAAAGACAAGAUUUAAAAAAUGAAAUUCAGCCACAGGCUAAGAAGAGUUUUUCAACAUUGUUUUUAGAAACUGUAAGGAAAAAAAGUGAAUCUAGUCCCAUUGUUAGGCAUCCAGUAACUACUCCACCUCCUUCAUCUCCAAGUGAUAAGACGUUAUUAGAGGAUGAAUUUGUAAUUGAUGACUCAGAUAAAAGUUUGGCCAGUCCAUCUUGGAUUACAAUACCAAGAAAGGGUGCACCUCUGAAACAUCACACAAUAUCUCCAAAUGAGAACUCUUCACUCAUUCAGGAUAACAAGUCAAGAGGAAAACAAAAGAGUAUAUUACCUAAGACUUUGACAAGCGACAGACAUUCUCGUAAAGCUCCCUCAGUAGAGAAAUCUCAGCCCUCUGGUGAAAAAAUACUGGGAACGAGUUAUACCUUGAUAGAUGAAUUAGAAGAUAAUCAUGCAUCUAUGAGAUAUAAAAUGUGUUCUAAAAAUGUUGAAAAACAUCCUAGUAGCAAAAAGACUAUAAAACAGAAAGAGAGAAGAUCAUUAAAGGCCAGCGUGGUUGAAGAACAAUGUGAUAUGGGACAGUGUGAAGAUGAAAAUAGAAACAUGUCACAUAUUGCCCAAGACAAGUUAAAGAGAAACUCAGGAAGAAAUACGGAAGAUUGUGAAGAGACAAAAAAUGAUCACAUUUCUGAAAAACAGACAUUACCUGUGGGGAGCAAGAAAAAAAAAGGGUGCACCAAAAAAGAUAAAGAAGUAACAGAAAAGAAAGUUAAUUCCAAAGGGUCCAAGAACAAAUUUGUUCCUGAAGAAGUGACCUUUAAUAUCACAAGAAGUCGAAGACUUUCCAGACGUCCAUCUAAUUGGUGGGUGGUAAAAUCAGAGGAGAGUCCCAUUCAUGGAAAUUCUCCAGUAAGAAAUGAAUUAUCACUGAAUUACAGCAGUAGACAAAAACCUGCUAAAAAAAAUCAGUCAUCUAAAAAUGUUGGUAAAAAACCUGUUUCAUCAAAAAAGCAGAAGAAAUCUACUCAAGGAACCUCAAAAGUACAGAAGUCUUUAAAGAUUAAAGAUUCUGGAGGCCAUGAUGAAAUUUCUGGUUCUUCUCAAGAUGAGCCAUUGGAAACUGACAAGGCAGAACUGGCUAAGAAGAAAAAUCUUGAUUGCCCUGGAACUACUGGAUAUUCCAAGGAUCAAGAUUCACAGAAUGUUCAUCUAAAAUCUCCUACCAGUGAAUAUCCAUGCAACAUACCAUUAGUGUCUAAUUUGGAUGCUGGAAAUUCUAAAGUUUUAGAUUUGGAAGAAAGUGGACCAUCUCAGUUCAAGAAUCAUUUAAUGCCUGGAAAGAAUAAUUCUGAUAUGGAUGACAAAGUUCAGGAAAGUUCAGAUGGUUCACCAGUAAAAAGAUCUAAAGUAGCACCAGAUAAGAAAUUACAUCAUAAAUUAGUAUUACCUUCCCAUACACCAAAUGUUCGAAGGACCAAGAGAAUACGUUUGAGACCUUUGGAAUACUGGCGAGGGGAGCGAGUAGAUUAUCAUGAGAGACCAUCAGGAGGAUUUGUGAUUGGUGGAAUACUAUCCCCAGACAUAGUAUCAUCUAAAAGGAAAGCAAAAGAAAAUGUGGGCAAAGUGAACAAAAUAACUAAUAGGAAAAGGAUCUGUCUUGACAGCAAUGAAAGAAAAAAUCAAGUUAAAGUAACUUUGGAUAUACCUGUAGGAGAUCCUUUGCAGCCAACAGAAGUAAAGGACCCAGAAACAAGAGAGAUUAUUCAUAUGGAUCUUAUAAGGCUCCGAGAUACAUACCAGUUUUUUAUUGAGCAUGGUGAGUUGAGAGUAUAUAAAACAUUGGAUACACCAUUUUUUUCUACUGGGAAAUUGAUACUAGGACCCUGUGAAGAAAAGGGAAGGCAGCAUGUUGGCCAAGAUAUAUUGGUUUUUUAUGUCAGUUUUGGUGAUCUUUUGUGUACCUUACAUGAAACACCUUACAGAAUAACUACUGGGGAUUCAUUUUAUGUUCCUUCAGGUAAUUAUUACAACAUCAAAAACCUCCUGAAUGAAGAAAGUGUUCUUCUUUUUACUCAAAUAAAGAGAUGAAAAGGCAAAGUUUAAAUGUGUUUGUGUGUGUAAAUAUAUUAUGUACAUAUUACACACAUGUGUAUAUAUAAACAUAUAUACGUAUAUA